GUACAUACAAUCAUGAGCUCGUUUCUUUCAGGGAAGUGUGAGUUCCGUUUAAUUCACUACAAAGCGGCAUGUGUUUUCGCUUAGUUGGACACCCUUGGAUAAACUGUGUUUAAAAUUCCCUAGAGGAACUUGGAUGUGUAGUUAUGAGAGGCCAGAAUAGAUUUAGUGCAAGUUUGGAAUAAGUUGGCAUAGAUACCAGGAUUUAUUCUCAAAAUGGCGAUCUCGACUUGGAAUAGUGCUAUUGUAAUUAUUACGUGUUUGAUCAAUAAUGUUUCCGGAUUACUAAACAAGGAAGUGAUAAAAUUGGGUUACAUUACCGGUUCAGAACGGUACAGUAUUCACCAGUUCUACCAUCGUCCAGGACAGUCUAUUUCCGGGGCGAUAACUCUGGCCGUUAAGGAAGUUAACGAAGAUCCUGCCAUUCUUCCAAACCACACUCUUGAGUUUGUGAUAGCAGAGACAUAUGGAAUGGAACGUAUUAGCAUCAAGCAAACCGUGGAACUCCUAGGUAAAGGGAUAUGGGCCUAUAUCGGACCACAGGAAACAUGUAUUCACGAAGGACGAGUAGCGGCUGCCUUCAAUCUUCCAAUGAUCUCCUACUAUUGUUCAGAAUCCGAAGUGAGUGCAAAGACAUUAUACCCGACGUUCUGCAGUACCCGCCCAACCGCCUCGCAUGUGUCUCGGAGUGUUGUAUCUAUACUACGUCAUCUAAACUGGAGAAAAGUGACCUUUGUACAUUCCAGUGAACCAGAAUUUGUCCACACCGCCAAAUCCAUCAGCAAGCUUCUUCCUCAACAUGACAUCGAAGUGACUUUCAUGAAGGAAUACAAAGGACCCUACUUCCAUCUUCAUACGGAGAACCCCUUCGUUCGGAUCGUGUCCGAGACAUUCAUCGACACUCGCAUUUACGUAAUGUUAGGUCAAUUCUAUGACUUUAUCGGUCUGAUGGAUCACCUAUAUGACCGCGGCUUACUGGAUACUGGCGAGUAUUACGUCGUCGGGGUCACUCUCGGCCAAUAUGACCAGAACGACCCUCAGCAAAUCAUCAAAGGUAUCUUCUCCAGUAAUGUGUCCUUGACAAGUGUGAGGGCUUUCCGAUAUUUCAUGGGAGUACUUCAGUCACCUCCAGUGUAUCAGGAGUAUAUGGAGUUUUCUGAAAAGGUUAAUCACUACCUUGAGUUGCCGCCUUUUAAUUAUAUUAACCCGCUGAAGAACUACACUCUUAAAAUAAUUCCACCGGAAGCUGCAUUCCUCUAUGACGCAGUAUGGUUAUAUGCACGUGCUGUUCAUGAGGUUUUGAUCGAAGGGGGCGAUCCAAAGGAUGGUACUUUGGUUGCGUCAAAGCUCAAAUUUAAAACCUACAAAAGUGCUAUGGGCUAUGAAAAUAGCAUCAACUCAAAUGGUGAUGCCAUGGGCAAUUUCUCUCUGAUCGCCCGGAAGUCCGUUCUGGUUGACAACAAUACUGUAUGGCAUCUUAGUCCAAUCGGCGUAUUCCAACUGCACGAAAAUUUUUCCGAGCUUCCGGAAUUCCGUUUGUAUGACGGAGAAUCAUUUGACUGGCCUUAUGGUAAACUCCCAGUAGACGAACCAGCUUGUGGAUUUCGCCGUGAGAAAUGCAUCAGACCGAAAAGUUACACUACCGAAAUUUUAUUUGGCGUGGCGGGAGGUAUACUGCUAAUCGUCAUUAUCAUCAGUAUCCUUAUAUACAGGAACUGGCGAUAUGAACAAGACCUUGCAAGCCUGCUGUGGAAAAUAGAUUAUAAAGAUAUAUCAAUGCAAAAUCAAUUCGGCGGCACCAUGAACCAUAUGUUGUCAACAAAUAGGACAAGAAUGGGAAGAACUACAAGUCAGAUAUCAUUAGGAUCCCAGAACGAGAUCGACUUCCGACAAUUGUUCACUAAAGUCGGAACGUACAGAGGAACGAUCGCUGCCAUUCGCAUUGUCAACAAGAAGAAUGUGGAAUUAACACGCAAUGUCAGGAAAGAACUCAAAUUGAUGAGGGAAUUACGUCACGAUAAUAUCAAUCCAUUUAUCGGAGCUUGUAUCGAUUCCCCACAUAUACUGAUCGUGUCCGCCUACUGUCCGAGGGGCAGUCUCCAGGACAUCUUAGAGAAUGAUGAUCUACAAUUAGACAGUAUGUUUAUAGCGUCGCUGGUGUUUGAUAUACUUCGGGGAAUGAUAUAUCUUCACGGGAGUGAGAUUCGAUACCACGGCAAACUGAGAUCUUCUAAUUGUGUAGUGGACAGUCGGUGGGUGGUCAAGAUAACAGAUUUCGGGCUUAACGAAUUUGUAGCUGGAGCGGAGGAAAACUUAGAAGAAUACGCUUACUAUAGAAAUCUGCUUUGGUUAGCUCCUGAGAUCUUACGAAGGACUAAAUUUCGUCGGAUAUCUGGCACACAAGCAGGAGAUGUAUAUUCAUUCGCUAUAAUUCUGUAUGAAAUACACAGCCGACGAGGACCAUACGGUAACACAACCUUAUCUCCCAAAGAUAUAAUCAAACGAGUAGCUUCUACGACUGUCGAUCCUCCUUUCCGCCCUCGUCUUGCUGAACUUGACACCACACCCAAAUUUGUGACCGAUGUGAUCAAGGAAUGUUGGGACGAAGAUCCUAUCAAACGACCAGACUUCAAGACAAUCCGAACAAAACUGAAACCGUUACAGAAAGGAAUGAAGCCAAAUAUUUUCGAUAAUAUGAUAGCUAUCAUGGAAAAGUAUGCGAGUAACCUUGAAGCGGUUGUGGAAGAACGUACCGACCAACUUAUUGAGGAAAAGAAGAAAACCGAGGAACUUCUGCAACAGAUGCUGCCAAGAUACGUUGCAGAACAAUUGAAGCGGGGCAAAGAGGUGGAGGCAGAGUCGUUUGAUUCCGUGACGAUCUACUUUAGUGAUAUAUGCGGAUUUACCGCCAUGUCCUCCGAAAGCACCCCAAUGCAAGUUGUUAAUCUACUGAAUGAUUUGUAUACACUAUUCGACUCUAUUGUUGAGAACUAUGACGUGUACAAAGUGGAGACGAUAGGAGAUGCCUAUAUGGUUGUUAGUGGUUUGCCAAAGAGGAAUGGCAUCAAUCAUGCGGGAGAGAUAGCGUCAAUGUCUCUUCAUUUGCUGGACGCCAUAAAAAAGUUCAAGAUCCGUCACCGUCCAGAUGCCACAAUCCGUCUGAGGGUAGGAAUCCACUCUGGUUCGUGUGUGGCGGGGGUGGUGGGACUUAAAAUGCCGCGGUACUGUCUGUUUGGAGAUACAGUCAACACUGCGUCACGGAUGGAAUCUACGGGGGAAGCCUUGAAGAUUCAUUGUUCGAACACAACACGUAUGCUUCUGGAGGAUCUGGGCGGUUACCACCUGACAGAACGGGGCAUGGUUACAAUGAAGGGAAAGGGUGAAGUAUUGACUUAUUGGUUGAUUGGCGAAGACAAGCGUCACCGAGUAAAACGUCUGUCCGCAAGUGAUAGCCCAGUUAAGAGUCCGUCCCUCUCCGGGAAUAACAACAGGCUGUCUGAUAUCCAAUGUGUUUGUAGAGGCCAGGAUAAUACCGACCCUCUACGGAACAACUUUGGCAACAAUCAAUACCUUAACCAAAAUGGUGACGCUGUGCCACUUUUCACGAAUCCAGGAUCAAAUAAACAGCAUUUCUUAAAGAUGUGGCCUCAGAAACAAAUUAACAAGAUGGCUUCACCUAGAUCAUGGAAACAGCUUCAUUUCUCUGACAGUGAUAACGAGGACAAGGAUCAUGAUGGUUUGAAUAACCGUGUAUCCGUAGAAAUGUCCCCUCUAAUCACAUCCGCCCAAGGAACGAGUCGAACAUCGGGUUACCCGUAUGAAGAAGUGUAGUAACUAUAGUGUUUCUGAAUGUCUCUGCCUGUAGAUAUUUUUAUACUGUGAUAUACCAUGGUGCAUACUGUGGCCGAUUGAAAGUGCGGAAAUGUACACAAUAUUGUUACAAACUUCUGUAAACAUAGGCUAUCGCAUGUCGCGGUCGCUAAGAGUUAAUUGACAAUGACCAUCAUGCUUAGUAAUGUUUGACUAUAACACAAUGAGAUUCGCACCGAUUCAUACACAGGUUGUUAUUGAUCCUUCCAUUAUUGGUCAUAAAUGUGUUAUGAUCCAUGCAUUUUUAGUGUUCUUGCUUCUUAGCAUUUUGUACCUUAAUUAACAGAUUUGUCUAAUUAAUUGAUUUUGUGGACAUUGAUAAAUAAUUUCGCUUAAGUCGUUGUUCAAGUGGAAAAAGUGUAUUUUGUGAUAAUUUUUUUUAUUUGUAAAGCAAAGCAGAUUUUGUACAUACAGAUCCUGUGAAAGGGGAACCUGUUGGUUUGUAUAUUUCAGCCCAAUGAUGCACUUGAUAAAAAUUGGAAUCAUAAAUAUUUUAAAUCAAAAUAAACAACUAAUUAUGUGUUGUAAUAAAAAUCAAAAUUAGAAAAGUAAAAAAUGAAAAGAAAAAAAAAAUCUGAAAAAUGUUAAAAUAUGGUUCUUUCUGUUUUUAAAGAAAUAUUUUUCAGUUUUAUCAAACAUACUUAAUUGAAAACCUCGAUUCAUUUAUUCUUGCAUAACCUGCGAGAAACAUAGAACCAAUAAUAAUCUGACGACUAUAUUAAUUCCUGGUGAUUAAAAACUACAUACCUUGACUUGUUUUCAUAUUGUGUGACGGAACAAUCAGUAAAUGCAGAAAUCUGUUACCUUCAAAACACGGUCAUAUUUUUUUAACUAUAUAUACAGGGGUUUCCAGGCGAAUUUUUAAAAUAUUUUUUUCCUUUGCCUUAGUCGUUGGCACUUUUGAUGCUGUCUUAUGUUUGAUAUAAAACAUGUACUACUGUCUCUUAAAAUGCAAUUAUGAGAUAAGUAAUGUUAUCAUACUCUUUCAUUCACUAGUGGGCAACAUAUGUCGAGAUACCACAAAUGAUAAUUGAUCCGUGUUUCGUAUAUUUCUUUAAACAAAUGAAUCCCCAAAUCCAGGAUAUCUAUUUGUUUACUUUGUUAGACUGGGUGUUUAUAUUCAAUUAAACAGAACAAGUGAAGCUAACUGUGAUAUUUGGUUACUAUUUUGAUGUUCUCACUCCACAUUUGUGGAUGGAUGUGUCCGGUGUUCGUAUGAUCUUGUGAAUCCAUUCGACAUUAUAUUCUACAUCAAAUCUGUGCUCUGUAGAUAAUUUGUUGUUGUUUGUGUAAAAAAGCAAUGCUGAAAUACAAAAAAUAUUUUUGUAGUU